UGUAAGUAUGAAUGUCAGCGCAAUUGGAGUGUGCAGGGUUUGUCUGGACACUCUAGAAAACUCGUGUGUGUUGAAGAAGAUAGAGUUCUACAGUGAAGAUAAUAUUCUUGGUAGAUUUUCAACUCCUAACUUUCUAACCUGCUGACUUGUUGGGAUACUUGAAUUUUUAUCUGCAGUGUAUUCCAGGGGAAAACUGCAUUAUGUUGUUGAAAGCCAAAGUGUAAGAGAGAACUUUUCAAAGACAGCAUGACUCACUGAACGGUGAGAAUAUCACAAAGUGUACAGGCAGCUGUGUUCACAAGACUGUUCUAAACUGACAGUUAACUUUUCAGUUGAAGUGUUAUGACCAGGGAAGAAGGUUACAGAGAAGAAUUUAGCUAUGACAGGAUGCCAACUUUGGAGCGGGGAAAACAAGAGAAUGGAAAUUAUAUACCAGAUAUCAAAUCCAGCGACCUCCAGCUAUCAAAAAGGCUGCAUCCGUGCUUUAGUUACAAAACAUGGAUCUUUUCUUUGCUGAUGGGAACUUGCCUCCUUAUCACGUCUGGAUUUUCACUAUAUCUGGGAAAUAUUUUUCCAUCUGAAAUGGAUUACUUACGUUGCGCAGCAGGUUCAUGUAUUCCUUCAGCAGUUGUGAGCUUUGCUAUAGCAAGGAAUAAAAUUAAUGUGAUACCCAGUUUUCAAAUUUUGUUUGUCUCUACAUUUGCUGUUACAACAACAUGUUUAAUUUGGUUUGGAUGCAAACUCGUCCUCAAUCCAUCAGCUAUAAAUAUAAAUUUCAACUUGAUUCUACUUAUUCUGCUGGAAAUUUUCAUGGCAACUACUGUGAUCAUUUCAGCUAGGUCUACUGAAGACUGCUGUACGAGAAAGAAAAAUACUGCAUAUGACAGUACAAUCGUUUUGAGCAAUGUCAGCUUUCCUACUCGAAUUCUGAAGUCAUACUCAGUAAUUGAGGUGAUUAUAGGAAUUUCAUCAGUAUUUGGUGGAAUAAUUGCUUUGAAUAUGGAUGUUCUAGUCUCAGGUCCAUAUCUUUCAGUAACAUUCUUUUGGAUCUUAGUUGCUUGCUUUCCAAGUGCUAUUGCAAGUCACGUAGCUGCUGAAUACCCAAGUAAAUGUCUGGUUGAGGUCCUCAUUGCCAUUAGCAGUGUUACCUCUCCGUUGUUGUUUACUGCUUCUGCAUACUUAUCCUUCAGUAUCAUGCAAGUUGUUGACAUCUUUAAAAAUUAUCCACCUGCUGUUAAACAAUCGUAUGAUGUACUCCUGUUGCUUCUGAUGUUGAUGCUGCUGAUUCAGGCAUGCCUUACUAUUGGAACUGUAAUACAGUGUGUAAAUUAUAAGACAAAAAUGAAACUACAUGAUUCGUCAUGGACAGCAUCACAGGUUAAAAAACAGGAAUUCAGAACAACAGAGGUUUCCAGUAAUACCUUAAAGGAUUUUGAUAAAGACAAAGCCUGGAAAGCAGUUGUGGUGCAGAUGGCUCAGUAAUUUGGAUUCUGCAAACACAGACUAUAUAGUACAAUCCAAUACAGUAAAUCAGCUGUUUGAAUUGAGGCUUAAAAACUUUUCAGUAUAUUAUCAGCAAUAUAGUUACAGCAGUAGAAACCAAGGAAUAAUACAGUAAAUAAUGUGUCUCUCUAAUACUUUUGAAAUAUGUUGGUAAUAUGUUUAACGCAUCUGUCUUCUGUUGGUAUCUGUAUUCUAGUGUUGCUUUAGAAGAUACCUUUAGGAAAAAGGUAAUGAGUCAUGGAUUUAUGCUGAUGGCAAAGUAAAAUAUGGCAAUAUGUAGUAGGCUUCAUAUGUUUGCAAGAGAUUGUUAUAACUGCAGUUAUGCAGUCAGUGUAACUGAUAAAUGCUUUUGUAAAGUUAUGAGUACAAGUCAUGAUUGAUAUUUUUGCUUAUACUUCACUUUUGUAGGAGUUGUAAAGUUGUUUUGCAUCUCAUUGCUUUUAUAUAAAUAAAAGUAUUAUGUGUAAAUUCAAGACUGUGGGUUGACAUUUGAAUUGGAAAGGUGAAAGCAGAAUAUUCUUUCCCAUUAAGCUUCCAUUUCCGGACUGUUAAAGGGGGAAGGGGCUUUUACUGAAAGCACAAGUGCAACAUCUGCUAGCCAAAAAAACACCCAGAAAAACAAAUAGAAGCAAUUGGCCAAAUAAGAGGAGAUAAUACAGAUAUUGAAAGAGUAUUUUCAUAUAUGAAAAAUUUUUUUUGGUAUGUUACUUUUCAUUUAUCUGUUUUCCUAGCUAUCUUUAAAACUUACAUAACCUAACUGGUCUUAGACAAGGGAUAUCCGCCAUACAGGCUGCGGUUUUCCUCCUAGUUGAAUUAUAUGUAUGAUCUUGUAGAUUUCAAGUGCUAUAGACAUUUCUAUGUUAAUAGACUUUUUGAUGUAACUAGGGAGAUAGCUGCUGACAAGGUGGUGGGUUUUUUCAUUGUUUUUCUGUUUUUAUCAUUUUAUUGAUGGUUUAUGAGAGAUUCUAGACAUUGAAAUUCAUUAUUUUUUAACUAACCCAAAUAAUUUUUUCAGAGCAUACUGCAGAGCUUACCUCUUUGCUUUUAGGAAGGGGAAAUAGGAAGGUAUGUGCAAUGCAGAGCACUUCAGGUACACUAAUAUGUUUCUUUUGGUUUGAGGAAAACUGACAAUUAUUAUGACACUUUAAUACAUAGAGAAUACUAUGUAUUAUGCAGGCUUCUUAAGAGUACGUAUACCAUUCCCCUCCAGCAGCUGAAAGGGGAGAUUUUUACAAGGCGAAUGAGCUAAUCUGACUCAAUGCUGAAAGGGCUUGUCUCCUCUGACCUCUUCCCUUGUGCUAGCCAUGGCUGCUAUCUGAUUAAACUUGCAGAAAAUUUAUCAAUUAAAAAACAAAAACAGGUUCCUGCUGAUUAGCCAGUUUAGCACACUGCAAACUCAUAGUGGCCCUCUUUAAGAUCUUGGAUGUGACUUCAUACCAACUGGAGGUAAAAUUGGACUUCUACCUCACUGGAGAUAGAUCAACAGUGUAUUUGUCUUUUGUUAGUACUUCCUUUCUCGCUUUUCAUCGUAUUCCUUGCCUGUUUUGCCUUGGCCAUAUGCCCCUUCCCUGUUUCAAAAAGUAGACUUGUACAUGAUCUUACCAGGACUUACAACUUUAGACCGACCAUGUAAUCGGUUUGUGUGUAGAUCACUGUCAAUUAUAGUUGGAGCUAGGCGUUUCUGAAAUAAAAACUUUCGUGUUUUGUGAUCUAGGUCUUGUGUUUCUGAAGAGAGUUCAUGAGAUGAAAAUAAUGAAAUCUAAAUUAGUUUCAGAAACUGGAGUAGUCAGGCUUCCCUGGCAACGCAGUGAGGUUAUAAUGAUUUCCUGUUUUUUUUUCAAAUGUUAGAAGUACUUUUGUUUGUUACUGAGUGGGAAGUCCCUCAGGGAGAAACUGAUAGAAGAAAAUGUUAGUAUCAUCCAUUUUAUAAAUAGUAGUAUCUUACAUGAAGUAUCUUCAAAAGAUGGGGUUUCGAUUAUUUUUUUUCUCCCUUACCUGGUAUUACCUGUUUAAUGUUAGUCUGAGAUAUUUCACAGUAAAUCGUUUUUCUGUCUUGAUAUUUAUAGGGAAAACAGCCAAGGAAUGAAAUAACAAUGAUAGAGCUGGAUGUGUUACGAUGAAUCAGAUCCAUGCAAAAAGAAAAUCAUGCCUGCUAGCUUUAAGCAGUGAAGAAAGAAGUGCCCAUGAAAACAACUUUGGGCAUCCAGAAGGAACUUGGAAAUGCGUUCGUGUACUACCAGCUCUGCUUUCUGGCACCUACAAAAGGCCACGUGCAUCUCCAGGGCUUGAGUUGCUAGAGGUUGCCACAACAUUGCAUGUUUACAGAAGUGCCACGAGAGGGGAGAUGCUGAUGAAGUGACUCCUACCUCCGUAUCUCCUACCUCUGUACCUCUGUAGUGUCUGUAUAGGGUGUAGCCUGUCUUUCCCACAGGCCUCUGUUGACAGCGCAGGGAUCACGGCUGGUUCUUGUUUGUUCCCAGGCUCACCAUUUAACAAAUAACCAGGAUUAAUAUCAAGUAUUCUGGAGCUUGUUUUUCUGGACAGAGGCCUUGACUCACCCAGGCUCAGUUCUGAGGAUAUGUACUCUUUGCCAGUAGCUCUGGUUUAAAUUAUGUUCUGCUGCUCAUUUACCCUUUUUUUUUCUUCUUUUUUUUUUUCUUUUCCUUUAAUAAUGCAUGUAGCUUUCAGCAAUCUAACUUGGAACUAGAUGAUCCUUAAAGGUCCCUUCUAACCUAAACCAUUCUGUGAUUGUAAUGAUUCUAAUUUUGGGAAAAGAAAAUCUUUAGCAGCUGUGGGUUGUACCCAGUAAUUCAGAAAAGUUUAUGGAAAAAGAGUGGAGAAAAGGCUUCCUUGUACAAGAAGCUGGAGGAUGGAAAGGAUGCCCUGCAUUGUAAUUAUUGUGAAGAUCCUGGGAAGAAUGGUAGGGUUCCUCAACAACCUCUCUAGUGUGGAUGAGAAAAUCUCAUAGCAGUAAUAAGCACAAAGUGUUUAAGUGUAGUUUUCUUGUUUGGCAUUUCUACUUAAAAGGACUUGAUGAUAUGGGGCUGCUGAGAAAUUCCAGUAGGUCCUGCUUGGAAAACAUGAGGUACGAGUGACAGAAGGAACAGAAGAGAGAGGAAGUAGUCUAGCUCCUCAUCACCAUUCUAUGGUAGCUGCUGGGAAGCGAAAUUGAUGGGCUGGACACAGCAUGUGUGUUCGCCUGUUUGGGAAGGUGUCUUGGAAGGUCAGUGGUAAUAAAUGAGUAUUGCUUUAAAUACCUGCCUCCCUCAGAAGAUUUUUUGCUACUUUUUCUGUGCAAAGAAAUUAAUCUGUAUACUAUUCUGAAGGAAAACCAUGAGACUGAACACUGUGUAUGUAGAAUAUAUCAAUCCCAGCUUGAUCUCAAAGUAAAACCACACAACUUGAGCCUCAAAAGUUAAAGAACUCAGCCUCUUCCUCUGUAUGUCUUGUUGUGUUUUGAUUUGGAGAGAAAGAGUCUGAAGGAAAAGAAAAUAUGGAGUAUCUCUUUCAGAGCAAAAUAAUGCAAGUUCUAAUUGUAGGCAAAGUAGGCAAAUGUACAUAAGGCAGCACACCUCUGAGUAGCAACUGAGCUCAUGGCCUGUGUGUUUCUUCCAGAGCCACAGAAUGCGAUCUUUGCCCUCUGUAAAUGAUGUGAUGUAUUUGGGGUGCUUGCUUGCAGGUAAUGGUAGUUCCUUCCACAGUAGUGAUCAUUUUCUCCGCCCUCAAGCAGCUGAGGAGUUACAAACCAGUCUGGCCAAGGCUUUAGCAUCUCUAUGGUGAGACCAGCCUGGCUUCUCAUACUCAGGGCAGCAAAAUCAGUUUUGUCUGCGCUCAGAGAUACUUUGAAUUAACCUGGCACACAAAGCUGCUAUUGCACAAUGUCUUAGGAACUGUUAGUCUCUUGCCUAUUUCUUAAUUCUCUGGGUUGCCCUUAUUGUGUUCUCAAAUUUCCCUGGUAGAUUUUAAAAUGAUAACAUUGAUAUGUGACUGUGGUUUGGUUUUUUUUUUUUUAUUUAUUUUUUAAGGAAACAAAAAUAUCUUGUGGUAAGAAGCAACUUGUGUUAACAAUUCACAUUACAUUCAUGCUUUGAUGGUAAGAUUAUAUACCUGUCUAUUGGUUUUCUAUUUUGAAGUGUAUCUUGUUACCUGUAAUAUUUAUUGUAACAACUGUUUCUUUAAUUUUCUUUAAUUUUCUCCCUAUCAGAAGAGGUUGUUUUGAUUUUUUUGCUAUUAAAGUUACAACAGGCCAUAUUUUGCUGAGAACGAGACACAUGACACAGAGCAGGUAUUUACCUGAAGGCUAGCAGAAAGUUAUGCCAGUAAAUACUCGUUUAUGCUGGAAAGAACUUGGCACUGUAUCAGUUCAAUGUAUAAUUUUGUAAUAAAUCAGUCAUGUAUAAAUAUGAAAA